CCUAAGCCUAUCCAAAAAUUACACUCAGUGUAUGUAAAUCCAAAAAAAAACAUCAUCGCUGUUAUCACUUUGUUUUUAUUAUCAUAUUUGUAGUUUAACUAGUUUUAUGAAUUUCCCAAAAGAUGAAUUUACCGAGAAAGUUAACACUGCGCGAUAAAAUAUAUAGAAAUUUGCCCGACGAUCGUAGAAAGCAUCUUAACGAUCUACAGACCGUAGCUUCUGCUAGUGCACGUUUGAAUAUACCACAGACACAGAUAGAUACGCGCCAACCCGUUGGUUCCGAUACUGAUACGGAUUCCGAGGGAUCUCUCGAUGACCACCUGGUUAAUUUGGAAGACAUUGAUUUGGACUCGCAAUUUUUUAGUCAAGAUUAUACCACGCAAGUGUUUAAGUCCUCAGAAACCGUUGUGAAGCAAACUGGGGAAGAUCAAGACCUAAAUUUAAAGUUGUGCAAUGCUGAAGAAGAUAGAGUUGUAUACGAAAAGCUAACGCAACUAGCAAAUUAUGAACGGAUCCGCAAUGAAACAAGAGAACAACUUUUAGAAAGGAACAAUAGAAUCAAAGCUGAACCAAAUAAUGUAAGCAAAUUAUUUUGUAAGGAUGAAAUUUGUCUUGAUAACACAGUACUGACGGAGAAUGCUUCUGAUGAAGAAUGGGUACCGAUUCAGGAUUGCAGCGAUAGUAAACUCUCAGACAAUGUUGAGGUACUAAUCAAUCAACAGUCACUAAAAUCUGGGAAAAUUGUCGAUAUAAAUGAUCAGCUUAAGAAGUUAAUGCAAAACGAACGACGCGAAAAGCAAUUGGCACUUCAUAAAACACAUUUACUGUGUCUGAUGGCACGGGGUUUUUACCUCAACAAUUUAGUCAGUGAUUUAGUGACUAAUCAUGGGCAGAAACUUUUAGAGGUAUUACAAAAUAUGUGCGCAGAUGUUCCAGAAUAUAUGGAUCGCUGUUGUUUAGAACAAAUUUGCAAUAACUAUAGAAACUCAGCUAAUCUUCAGUCAAGGUCUCAGCUCGGUCGGCUGAACUUCUACAACGAUAUAGCAAACAAUGUGAUAACGUCCAAAGAAUUUUACGUCUUACUAUUCACAGCGAUCUUGCGGUUUCUCAGCAUUGAAGCUCGCUUGACCAUUCAUAUAAAUGCAAUAUCUAAAAAUCCUUCUUCGGUCAAAUGUAGAUCACAACCGGAAGGCAAUAAAAAUACGACACUUGCCAGGAGACACCUGUCUAUCACUACAGAGCGUUAUCCUGAUGUCCCACUCACUACUACAGAAAUUCUGAAACGAAAACCAGAGUUAGCUCAAUUUUCCCAAUUGGACGGCACUGAUGAUCUGAUAGUAGAAGAAAAGCGACCUCGACUUUGUGAGUCGUUAGACAGUAAACCAAAAUUGUGGAAAUUAAGAAGGUUGAGUGGUGCAUUCACAAUGAAAUCAAAUUUAAACAACAAUCGAUCAAAGUCGAUAAAAUCUACAGGAGAUACUAGAUCUUCGUAUUUCAUGCAAACACAAAAGAAAACGUGUAAAAACCGUCCCACAAGUCUAACAUACCGAACUCCAUUGCCAUUGGAGUGUCUCUCGAUUUGGACAGAAGUUAUGCUACCGGUGGAAAAACGGUGGCAUCCGGUAGAUAUUUUGUCGGUGGGUACCAAUAGUCUUGAUUCUAUAGUAGACAGCUUGCUACAGCCACCUGCUUACAUUUUUGGAUGGUGUGGCGAUGGAACGCUUCAGGACGUCACUCCACGCUACUGGUGGCGAAACGAGGUGGGAGCGCGAAGGUUGCGAAUAUCAGAUAAAUGGUUACAUCCCAUACUUAGUCAUUUCGGAAGAAGAAGAAAAGAUAUUCGGGAUUUAUUCGAUGUCCAAGAAUUCCGCCAGCUACGUCAUCGCGCGCCGAUUCCGGAAAAACUGUCUGAGUUUAAAAAUCAUCCAUCGUAUUGUCUUAAACGAGAUCUGCUUAAAUUUCAAGCAAUCUAUCCGGCUGACGCACCACCACUCGGUUUCUUCCGGGAGGAACCCAUCUACGCAAGAGAAUGUGUACACACACUGCACUCCCGGGAGGUAUGGUUACGUCAUGCGAAGGUUAUUCGGCUACGCGAACAACCCUACAAGAUAGUUUCAUCCAAAUUGAAGCGAGAGAAAACCGAUUUGGAACUUUUUGGUUACUGGCAAACAGAAGAAUACAUACCACCAGAACCAGAGAAUGGACGCGUUCCCCGAAAUGCCUAUGGUAAUAUAGAGAUAUUUAAAGACUGCAUGCUACCUCGAGGGACAGUUCAUUUGAAACAAAGCAACAUAUCAAAAAUCUGUCGUCGGUUAAACGUAGAUUACGCAACGGCCGUGGUUGGCUUUGGUGUGCACGCCGGGGGCAAUCAUCCGGUGUUUGAAGGUAUUGUUAUUUGCAAAGAGUUUGAAGAGCAGGUUUUGCAAGAAUACGAACGCGAUAAGACUGAGCAAGAGCAGAGAAAACACCAACAGCGCGAGAAAACUAUUUAUGCAAACUGGCGGAAACUUAUCAAAGGGCUGCUAAUACGGAAUAGAUUGAAGAAUAAAUAUAAUUUCGAUGCUCUGUGAAACUGGUUUAGAUUUUAGACUGACUGGCAUUCUUCAGCAUUCCCUUGAAUUCAAUAAGUAUUAAAUUUAUCAAAAAGUUUCGCCGAAAAAUUUGGCACAUU